GCUCUGUCAGUCUCAGACUCGGCUUUACACUGUGAUCAUCAUGCGGGCUUGUAUACUACUGUGCGUCCUCGGGGUAGCCGCCGUGUACGGGGCCCCCAACAACGACUGUACGACGGAGUUAGGCAGGCUGAGGACAGAGCUGGAGAUGAUGAAAGACACACUGAGCAAGCUCCAGGAAGAGAUCAUAGAGACCGAGGAAACAACCCCACACAGCAGAGGGAAGCGAGCUGGGUCUUAUUUCCUGAGAGGACCUGCCGGACCCAUGGGAGCCUCAGGUCCCAAGGGAGAACCAGGCGCCCCUGGAGAGCCAGGACCACAGGGAAAACAAGGUUACCCAGGAUUCAGAGGAGACAACGGACCUCCAGGUAUCCCCGGAGACCAGGGAGUCCCUGGUGUGCCCGGACCUCAGGGUGACACCGGCGUCCAAGGUGAAACAGGUGCCCCAGGUGAGCCUGGACCCAUGGGACCAAUGGGACCUCAGGGACUGAAGGGAUACGAGGGAGCCGUUGGAGCGCCAGGUGUCCCCGGAGAGCCAGGCCUUACCGGAGAACCAGGACAGCCUGGACCAAUGGGCCCUGUAGGACCAAUGGGACCUCAAGGAGAGAAAGGUGAUACCGGGUACCCUGGAAUGCCAGGCGAGCCCGGACCUCAGGGACCAUCUGGCGAGCCCGGACCCGAGGGGCCUGCAGGACCCAUUGGACCACGUGGUCUUCAGGGAUACCCCGGUGCUCAGGGUGCCCCCGGAAACCCAGGAGAGAAGGGAGACCGUGGUGUCCAGGGAGCCCCAGGCCGCCAAGGUCAGCCCGGACAGGCCCAGUUCGCCCCCGCGGCCGCGAAGGACCAGUCUUAUUACGCAAGAGCUGCCCCCCAACGGGCAAACUACAAGGGAACGUAAAUAAUAUCUAGGUUAAAAUUCCAAAAAAGCUCUUUAUAAAUUCCAUCCAUGCUUGUUAUUUUUGGCGUAUACUGUAUUAGUGUUAUUAGAUAUGCUUGGGCUCUCCCGGUCUGGGCAGUACGUGAGAUGUGUUUGUGAUGAGGAAAAAAUGUGAAAAUGUCAAAUAAAAAACAUUAAAAAGUA